GCAACAGGAAGUCAAGAAGGAUAUUUCUUAGGGGUUCCCCACGAAGAACGGGCUGUGUCUAUUCUGGAGUCGAACGAUGGACCGCAAGCCUCAAAAUGCUCCAUGUCGCGGAACCGUAGGACUGAUGAUUCUCAAAAGCUGCAUGCCAAGCCUAAGCAUCGGAGACACCCAAGGGACCCCCAAGAAGACGAACCACUACGUCUACCACUCCCAGACUGGUCCAAAUCGCCCGCGUACAGAGCAGCCAUUAAAGAUGUCAAGUUUGAAAGUCAUGACGCCUGCUGCAACUCUGAUAGUGCGGCAGAAAGAGUGCCACUUCUAGGUGACUUAAAACCACGGAUUGCGGCAGAUGUAGAGGAAUGGGCCGAUCACAUGCCACAUUCGCU